AUGCGGACUGAUGGAAGCUUGUCCAAAAAACGCCGUCAGUACAUGGAACAGUUAGAACGUGAAUGGCAAGCGGAGCAGCAAGCCAACCUUCCGGGGCCAAGCGUUGUAUCCAGUGUACAAAGGCCGGAGCUGGAUGCUAACACUACUGGUCAAAGAGUUUCGGGCAAUCACACCGAGAAGAUCACUUUUAAUUCUUCGGGAGGUGUAGCAGGUGAUGAAAGAGGCGUUCAAUAUAGUUCCGUGGAUCAGGAAUCCGAUACGGAUUUCGACGUGCACGAGGACAACGAUUGUCAGGACGAUGUAGAAGAUAUAUACAUGGAGAGCGACACCACCUAUAGUUUCUUCGAUAACAUAGCGCUGGCAGAAGGGCUUCGUUAUAUUGCCGUCACGAAGAAUUUAUCGCGGUCAACCGUCAACAUGAUACUGGCCCUACUUCGAAGAAAACUAAAUGUGUUGCUGCCAACGGAUUCGCGCACCUUGCUGAAAACGCCUUCCCAAAUUUCCGUCGACGGAUUACCGCUUCAUAAUAGUUCGGCAAGGCAACUAUGGCCGAUUCUUAUGAAGGUUGAGGAACUGCCAGAAGCCCCGGUAAUGUUAGUUGGGACAUAUUGCGGAUACACCAAGCCGGACAACAUCGAGCAGUAUUUGCGGCCACUCGUGACGGAAAUAAAUGAACUGCAUGAGAGAGGUUUGAUGUUCGGCGAUAAAAUGGUGCAUACUAAACUAUGUAUGUUUAUCACGGAUUCACCUGCUCGCUGUUUUGUCAACGCUACCAUUAUCUUCGUUGGAAAACAUAGCUGCCUGAAAUGUUCCUGCGUUGGAGUGCACGAAGCGAACAAGGUAAUUUUUGUUGAUGUGGAUGCUGAGUUGCGUACAGAUGAAGGGUUCAGGAACAGGGAAGAUAGAGAGCAUCAUAAAAGUUGGCGAUCACCGUUAGAAGAUAUUAGCUGCUUUGAUUUGUUUCAAUUGUAGCAGAACGUUUACAUUUAUUAGAUAUCGGGGUAACAAAAAAGAUAGCAAGAGGUUUAGUAGAGCACAAUUUUUUAGAUUUUGGAAGAUGGACAGCCCAACAACACGAAAACGUGUCUGAUUUUCUAAUGUCAACACAGCUUCCGGUAGAAAUCAAUAGAAGAUUACGGCACGUUAAGUUUAUUAAGUAUUGGAAGGCAACAGAAUUCCGCACGUUUCUCCAUUACGUUUGUGUGGGAAAGAUUUUGUGUGGGAAAAAGCUUUUAAUCAUUUCCUGCUCUAUU